GGACUCGAGAUAUCAUAAGCACAUUUUACAGCACAGAGAAACCACAACCAAUGAUCCGACUCUCAGAGUCUAUUUUCAUAGAUUAUUCCUCUCCGCCAACCAAAACUUUAGGUAGCUGACUAAUCGCGCCCGACCUUGUUCCUAUCAGCCCCAACCUAGUGAACAGCUAACGGUAACUACAGCCGAAAAAUUAGCCUCACUGACCUCUUAUCUUCAAAAACUCCCCCUCUAUUUCAUCGACCCCGCCACCUCAACAAUUUAUACGGCAAGGAAGAAGAAGAAGGGGACACUCAAACACCUGUCAAACAGGAACGCAGGCGAAACGAAAUGGGCUGGUUCUGGGCAGAGCAAGAACAAAAACCCACUCCGAGGUUCAGGCCUAGGCCUCCUCCGAAGCAUCCAACAUCUGGAUCUCCACCGGUAAUCCUCCUAAUCCCCUAGCCCUCCGCUUUUUCCCUUUUAAAACAACAAACUGAUAAAACACUUUUGCAGCCCUCAUGCCCAAUGCACAAAUCCACCCCGCCAGACUUCUCCAAAAUCCUCGGCAGCAACAGCGACACCGCCUCGGAUAACGACAUCAACCCCCUGAACCUGAUGUUCAGCAGCCUCCCGCAAUCCCGCGCCCCAGGGCAAGGUACCCAUCUGCCAACGGAGCGUGAGACCUCCAGUAUCCCGCGUGGUGAUUCUGGAUUAUGGGAGUACCCAUCCCCGCAGCAGAUGUACAACGCGAUGCGCCGGAAGGGUUACGACGACACGCCCGAGGGGGCAGUAGAGAGUAUGGUCGCCGUGCACAACUUCCUCAACGAAGGCGCAUGGGGCGAGAUUGUGGAGUGGGAGAAGCGCUUCGGCGGCGGAGUGCUGAGUGCCCUGCUGGAUGCGCGCGAGCGGGGUGGGGCUCCCGAGAGGGAACAAGAAGGGUUCCCGAAGUUGGUUAGGUUUCAAGGGAAGAGCCGGGAGAUGACGCCCAAGGCGAGGAUGUUCCAGGUGCUUGGGAGAAUUUAUCCGGAAAGGUUUGGGUAGGUCUUCUUGAUCAAUUGACUGAUUGGUCGGGACUGUGAAGAGUGAUUUAGUGAUUGUGUGUUUAUUUUAGGGGACCCCCGCCAUUCGAUAGGCAUGAUUGGUACGUACUCCGACAGGGCGGACAGGAGGUUCGCUACGUUAUCGAUUAUUACUCUGCGCCGCCGGAGCCUACGGGUGAGCCGGUCUUCUACUUAGAUGUCAGACCGGCCAUUGAUAGGCCAAGUGCUAUCCUCGAGAUAGCUACGGUGUGGGGAGAAGAUUUGUGGGAACGGGCUAGCGGAGCAGAUGUCAGAAGAGCCGCGGCGGAGAAGGCUAAAAGGGAGUCCUCUUAACCCAUUUGUUCAUUCCUCAAUCAAUCAAUUAAUUAAUCAAUCGACUUUGGGAGCUUUCUAGUUCUUGUUUUUUUUCUUCCCCUCCUUUUCCCCCUUCUUUGCUUGUUUCACUACCUCCGUCAAUGGUACCUUCUUGCUUUAUGAAAUCUCCACUCUGUUGAGUUUCACGUUUUCUCUAUCCCCCCCGCAUUGGCUUUUCCCGAUCUACAAACUCCCAUUUCAAAUCUCCCGGGUCAUUGCACAUUGGUGGGGGUCAUCUAUUGAUCAAAGCUCAAGUGUAGUCUUUGUCUAUUUUCCUGUCACGCUCCCAAUCUACUCUUUUUUUGUGAAGAAAACGAUAAAA